CUGCGCCUGAGGAAGCCGGAAGCAGCGGCCGUCCGCGGUGCCGGCUCGGGGUGGGGAGGCGGCGGUGAACGUCCUGGGGUUGGUGAACCCUGCGAUGGAUCCCGACGCGACAGUCGCGCGGCUGAGGUCGUUGCUACUGCCGCGGCGGCUGCUGCUGCCGCUGCUGUGGUGGGGACUGGCUCUGGGCACGCUCCCCUCGGGGAGCGGCUCCCACAGGGUCCUCUACGACCUCUUGUCGGAGCAGCAGUUGCUGGAGGUGGAAGACUUGUCCCUGACCCUGCUGCAGGGCGGAAGGCUGGGGCCGCUGUCGCUACCCCCGGACCUGCCGGAUUUGGAGCCCGAGUGCCGGGAGCUGCUGCUCGACUUCGCCAACAGCAGCGCAGAGCUGACCGGGUGUCUGGUGCGUGGCGCCCGGCCGGUGCGCCUCUGUCAGAACUGCUACCCUCUCUUCCAACAAGUCGCCACCAAAAUGGACAACAUCAGCAGAGCCGUGGGGAAUACUUCGGAGAGUCCUAGUUGCUCCAGAAGUCUCUUGAUGGCAGACAGAAUGCAAAUAGUUGUGAUUCUGUCUGAGUUUUUUAAUUCCACGUGGCAGAAGGCAAAUUGCGCAAAUUGUUUAACGAACAAAAGUGAAGAAUUAUCAAAUAGCACGCUAUACUUCCUCAGUCUGUUUAAUCACACCUUGACCUGCUUUGAGCAUAACCUUCAGGGGAGCAUACACAGUCUUCUACAAUUAAGAAAUUAUUCAGAAGUAUGCAAAAACUGUCGCGAAGCAUACAAAACUUUGAGUAGUGUGUACAAUGAAAUGAAAAAAUUGAAUGAAAAUGAAAAUAAGGCUGAACCUGGAACACAUUUAUGCAUUGACGUGGAAGAUGCAAUGAAUAUUACUCGAAAACUUUGGAGUCGAACUUUCAACUGUUCAGUCCCUUGCAGCGACACCGUGCCUGUAAUUGCUGUUUCUGUGUUCAUUCUUUUUUUACCCAUUGUCUUCUACCUUAGUAGCUUUCUUCAUUCAGAGCAAAAGAAACGCAAACUCAUCCUACCCAAACGUCUCAAGUCCAGUACCAGCUUUGCGAACAUUCAAGAAAAUUCGAACUGAAACCUACAAAAUGGAGAAUUAACAUCAUAUCCCAUUGAUGAAUGGUGGAAGACACAGCUUGGUCCAAAAGAAGAUAAAGUUCUUAAGAAAUGCAAGGACUUCAGAUUUAUUUUUAAAUAAGAAUUUUCAAUUUUUUUUUUCCACCCCCUUUCAACGGUUUGGGUAUUUUUAAUUUACAGGCAUAACAAUGUUGUCUAUUUUAAAGUGUAUUUGUUAAAAUAACAAAAGAUGCAAGAACAAUCAUUGUGUUAUUUUGUAGGCAUAUUAUUACUAUUUGAGAGUUCUGGUAUUUCCUUUUUAACAUGAUAUAGCAAGUGGCAAUAUUUCUGAAAACUAACAUUUAAAAAUUAAUCAGUUGUAGCAAAGACUUUGAACAAGAAAUAUACUUGCCAAAAAAUAGCAGGUCCAAAGAUUAAUUUAAAUUACCAUUGCAGUGUUAUUGUCACAUAUAUAUUUAAUAUGUCAUACAUUAUAAAUAAUAUGUAAUUCAAUCUCUAGUUUCCUUAGUCAUUUUUGAAACCACUAAUUAUAAACCUCCCGAAGAAUUUUUAGAAGUGGGAAGGCACAUUACAUUUAUCUUUGUAAAAAGAUUUAUGGUAACUGGUUUCUUACUUGACUUUUAUAAAUAGUAUUUUACACCUUAUUUUUGCCUUUGUUUCAUAAGAAAUUUGAAAUCACUGGACUGCUUUAUUAUAUUCAGGGCAAGUUGGAUUCUUUUUUAUACCAGGGAUUUACAUUGUGAAUUACAUUAAGUUAUUUGGCAAUUUAUAAUUUAUUACUACUUUAAAUCAAAUGUAGCAUUGUCACACUGUAUUUAAAUGGAGAUUUUUCUCUUGAGAUGUAAGAGGAUUUUUGGAGAGGAGAGAAUGGAGGAGUAAAAUAGUGUAAGAUUUAGAAAAUAGGGACCUGAGGGGAAGCUCACGAUACGACUGUUAAAUGAUUUGUAUUAGGGGCAUGAGUCAGAGUGAGAGCCUGAUAUAGAAAGCAGUUAGGUUAAGAUGAUGCUUAUUUUUCUUCUAAAUUAUUUAAAUCAGAUAAAAAUGAUAUGAUUGAUAUGAAGUUAAAUAUUUCACUCUCAGAAAACAUUCUAUUUUGGAAUAUUUGUGUCAAUCUUUUUAAAAAGCUUCAUAUCAGAAUUGUUUACAGUUUUUCCCUUCAGGUUUUUAGUGAAUUUCAUUUGUUAAUUCCUUCUUGCUUUCUUGGUGGAAAUAGGCUUUGUUUUAAAUGUUGAUAUUAUGAAGGGUACUCUAUAUAGAAAAAAGAGUUUGGUUAAAUGGUAUGAGAAUUUGAAUACCUUCGUGUACUGUAAAAUGCUCUAUAGUGAGACAAGAAAGUGUUUUUACUAUUAUUUUUUAAUGUUUACCAUAUAGGCAGAAGAAGGCUCAUCCUUGGAUAUGUAACAUAUCCACAAGUGGUUACAGUUUUUCUAGUCUGCUGUGAUCCAUUAAACAUGUACUGGAUUUGUUCUGUCGUUACUGUUCCUGUUGCUGAUAACUAAUAGCACUAUCUUGAUUGGAAGCAUAUAGUUGAAGGUCAUUGAAAGCAAUCUUGAAUUAAUGCAGAUAAAACCACUUGACCUGUGUGCAAAGGUACAAAAUGGCAUAUUCAAUUCUGUAAGUAGUGACUCUCAGCACUUUUGAAUAGUAUGUAUUUUUUAAAAGCCAUUGCUUUUGGAUAUGUUUGUGAAUGAGCACUUUAAAAAAGAAAAGGCAGCCUUUACUAUUUUUCUGGUUGAGUCAUUGCUCUUUAGAAGUAGCAUAAGCAAUAGAUUUCAAAAAUAAGUGCUAAGCACUAUGUUAAAGUGUGUAAGUCUGUCAUUUUUCAGUUAUAUUGAAAAGUUCUUUGCAUAGUUCUGAAUUCUUUGACACAUAGCAUAUGUGUGUGCACAAGAACAUCUUUAGUUUUUUGACACUUUGAAAUAAAGGACCUAGCUUAAGGAAACUGCAGUGCCGUAUUUGAUUUUUAAAUACAUUUUUUAAAACUUCGGAUGUCAUUAAGCACCACAUUACAGUUUUUCAGGUAUAGAGUUUAAAUGCCUACUUGAAAAGUACCAUCUAUCUUAUAAUUUUGCUGCAAAUAAAAAUGUACUUUUGGACUUUUUU